CAGACUGCUUGGAUGGUUAUAGAAUGCAUGUUUUUCAGUGCUGUGGAAUGGGUGAACUGCGGUGCAUGCACUCCUGAAAUAGACUCAGCUGAUUUUCAGCUCCCUAGACACUGAGCUGCUUGUUAUUUAUGCUCCUGGACUGUUGACUGUAUCAACAGUUCUAAGAAUCUUUGUGCUCUUUUUGCUGUACAAGGGAAUCUAUAGCAAUGAGAUAUACGUUACACAGUAUCAGAAAUUGAUCAGGAGUAUGAAGCAUCCCAGAAAACCUUGAGUACUUUAGAUAUAUUAUUAAGUAGAGCAUUGCAGUAUAUCUGAGCGAACAAACUCCAUCAGGUGCAUCCAUUGAACCCAUUUACAUUCCUUUUCUUUAUAUAUGUAAACAGCGGUCUCAUUCUCCAGGGUUUUCUGAAGAAUGAGCGUGAUAAUGCACUGCUGUCAGCCAUUGAAGAGUCCAGGAAGAGGACGUUUGCAAUGGCAGAGAAGUAUCACUGGGAGUCCAUGCUGGUGGAAUGGGAACAUGAGAAACAGAAGAUCCUCCAUACACUUCUGACAUCAGGGGAGGAUGCUCUUGACUUCACUCAGGAAGCAGAGCCAAGUUUUGUCAGUGAAAUGGGACCACCAGGACGGAGUGCAAUGGACAGUGUGGAAGUGGCAUAUGCACGGCAGAUCUAUAUAUAUAAUGAGAAAGUGGUGAAUGGACAUCUACAACCAAACUUAGGAGACCUUUGCAGCACUGUAGCUGAAUCUUUGGAUGACAAGAAUGUUUCUGAACUGUGGGCGAUGGUGAAGCAAAUGACUGAUGUGCUGUUGGUACCUGCUGCUGAUGCACUGAAGAGCCGGACCAGUUUGGAAAUGCAAAUGGCGUUUGUACGGCAGGCCCUAAAUUUUCUGGAGCAGAGCUACAAGAAUUAUGUAAUGGCAACUGUCUAUGGAAACCUGCACCAGGCUCAAUUAGGUGGUGUACCCGGAACUUACCAACUAGUCCGUAGCUUUCUUAAUAUUAAACUGCCAGCUCCCUUGCAAGGGCUUCAGGAUGGUGAGGUUGAAGGCCAGCCAGUCUGGGCCCUCAUUUACUACUGUUUACGUUGUGGAGACUUAAUGGCAGCACUGCAGGUGGUGAACCGUGCACAGCAUCAGCUGGGGGAGUUUAGCAACUGGUUCCAAGAGUACGUUCAGAGUGAUGACCGGAGAUUGCCUCCCACAACAGAGAAUAAACUUCGGCUACAUUACCGACGUGCUUUGCGGAACAGCACAGAUCCAUAUAAAAGAGCAGUUUAUUGUCUGAUUGGUCGAUGUGAUGUUACUGACAACCACAGUGAAAUAGCUGAUAAAACAGACGACUAUCUCUGGUUAAAGCUUAAUCAAGUAUGUUUUGACGAUGAUAGUAGCAGCUCUCCGCAGGACAGGCAAACCCUACCACAAUUGCAGAGUCAGCUGCUGGAAGAAUAUGGUGAAACCCACUUUGCAGCCAACCGGCAUCCUUUCCUGUACUUCCAAGUCCUUUUCCUUACAGCCCAAUUUGAGGCAGCUAUUGCCUUUCUCUUCCGUAUGGAAAGACUGCGUUGUCAUGCAGUGCAAGUGGCCCUGGUUCUUUAUGAGUUAAAACUACUUCUGAAAUCCUCUGCUCAGAGUGCACAGCUGUUGAGUCAGGACGCUGCUGAUCCCCGUCCAAUACGACGCCUUAAUUUCAUCCGUCUGCUAAUGCUGUACACCAGAAAAUUUGAACCCACUGAUCCUAGAGAAGCACUCCAAUAUUUCUAUUUCCUCAGGAAUGAGAAAGACAGUCAAGGAGAAAACAUGUUCAUGAGAUGUGUCAGUGAGCUUGUCAUUGAAAGUCGAGAGUUUGACAUGCUGCUUGGGCGAUUAGAAAAGGAUGGCAGUCGAAAGCCUGGUGUAAUUGACAAGUUUGCUGGUGACACAAGAGCUGUCAUCAGUAAAGUAGCUUCAGUGGCUGAAAAUAAAGGCCUAUUCGAGGAGGCUGUGAAGCUUUACGACUUGGCUCAGAAUCCAGACAAGGUCCUGGAGCUAAUGAACAAACUGUUGAGCCCUGUGAUACCACAAAUCAGCGCACCCCAGUCUAAUAAAGAACGAUUGAAAAACAUGGCACUUUUAGUAGCUGAGAGGUAUCGGAAUCGGGGUGUUGCUGCAGAAAAGUCAGUUGACAGCACUUUCUAUCUCCUUCUGGACCUAAUUACCUUUUUUGAUGAGUACCAUUCUGGCAAUAUUGACAGAGCAAUCGAUGUCAUGGAGAGACUGAAACUUGUGCCUCUCAGUCAAGAAUGUGUUGAGGAGAGAGUGGCAGCUUUCAGAAAUUUCAGUGAUGAGAUUCGACACAACUUGUCAGAAGUGCUGCUUGCCACCAUGAAUAUUCUGUAUACCCAGUACAAGAGAUUGAAGGGCAAAAGCCCAGCCACCCCAACCAGACCUCAGCGUGCAAUGGAGGAUAGAGACUCGCAACUCCGAAGCCAGGCACGUGCCCUGAUAACAUUUGCUGGAAUGAUACCAUAUAGAAUGGCUGGUGAUACAAAUGCACGCCUAGUACAGAUGGAAGUCCUCAUGAACUGACAAUUGUGUGGAAUUCUAAUAUUGGAGCAGUAACCCAGUGGUGUAAUAAUAGAUUUUUAUAUUCAGAAUUCUUUUUUGUAUGUUUCAAAUUGGAAAUAAAAUUAUCUUUCCUGCUUAACAUGAUUUUUGGAAUAUUUUGUUCAUUUUCAUUUAAAUACCUGGAGGUGAAUCAGAAACAUUUGGUUUGAAUUUUGUUAUCUCAAUAAUGCAAACCAAGAAACUGUGAUUAAUUUUAUUAAAUUACACACAGCUCUGAAUUGUUUCAUGAAAGUGUCAUCAACUCUUGUGAUAUAAUGUUUUUUUUUUAUCACUUCUUUGAUCAGCUGUUGGUUUUUGUGGAUCAUUUAACUCUGACCAAAUUGGCAGAAAGAAAUGGGAUUAUCUACCUGAGAAUUUGUCUAUGAAAAUUGGGUGACUGCUAUUCUGUCUAAUUUUGUUUAUUAAAACGAAAGUUAGCCUUC